AUGAACGUGAACCACAACCACUACGUGCCGUGCCCUGAGCCGAGCCUGACGAUGGACCUGGCGCCGCACUGCAACCCCAACGUCGUCACCGUCCUCGCGGACAACGGCGUCUGCGGCCUGCACGCGCGGCAGCGAGGUGGCGGAGGCGCCUGCUGGGUCGACGUCGAGGGGUCGAGCCGCUGCCGGGCGCGCUCGUCGUCCGUCAACUUCGGGCACCAGAUGGAGGUGGUCAGCGACGGCGCUCUUCGCGGCGGCGAGCACCGCGUGGUGACGAACGCGCGCGACGCGGGGACGUCGCUGGCCACGUUCGUCACGCCCGCGAUGGGCUGCGCCGUCCCGGCGGCGCCGGGGAUGGUCCCCGACGGGCAGUUGCUCUCAUGGGCAGAGGUCUUCGGCGCUGACUCGGCGGAGGCCGGCCGGCCGGCGCGGUGA